ACACCAACAGCAACAACAGCAGCAGCAACAACACCAACACCAACAACACCAACUACAACGACACCAGCAGCAACAACAACACCAGCAGCAACAACACCAGCAGCAACGGCAACGCCAACAGUAGACUCGGCAAUGCAAAACAUAUCCGAAACUACAACAACAGCUACAACACCGUUGCCGACCUCUGCCUCGAAGACAACACCCAGAGUUAAAACAACUGAGGACAUGUGUAGCGGAUGUGUCAUGACUAACGGCGUCGGCUACGUCGCCCACCCCACAGAUUGUUCCCGAUUCUAUCAGUGCUACUACAGGAACGUCUCCAGCAUGUCCUCGGAGAGGUCGUGCCCCCCGGGGCUAUACUGGAACCAGGCAGCACUAACGUGUGACUUCCCUGCAAACGUGCAAUGUCUACAGGAUGUAUGCUCUCCUGGCGGGUCGCUGUCUGUCGACUGCCGCAACUACUGGGACUGUAGUACCGGAAGUGCCACUGCCAAGUGCUGCCCACUGUACCAGUCAUACGAUAUCACUUCCGGGUCAUGCAAGACGAAUGUGACCUGCACUGUCGGUUGUCUAAUGGAAGGAGAUAUUCGUGACGUCCCGUGCGACCUGCGUCCAGUGGCUGGAGACAAGCACGUGUUCGAGCAGUGGACGCCAGACGGAACAUGGGUACGUCACAGAUGCCCGCUCUUCACGGAGUACAGCAAGGGCAACUGCGGCUGUGCCUUUCUUGCGCCACAAAACUAUAACAAAGCCUGCAGACCUGAGAUGUAUCUGCCUUUUGACGACAACACCGACGACAUGUCCGGGAAUUCUGUGCACGUCGCCAACGAAGGAGUUACCGUGAGUCACGGGAGUGCUGUGUUUGAUGGCCAGGGACGUCUUGUCAUCAAUCGGUUCUCUAACGCAUGGUUUGGGUCAACUCUGGUCGUGACACUCAGGUUCAAGGUCGCGGCAUCCACGUCUCGGCACGCCCUUGUGUGUAACGGAGACUGUCGCGUAGGCCCAUCCAUCUACAUCGGCAGCAACAGCGACAGCACAACUGAAUUCUUUGCAAAAACCUACAACAGCCCUGCAGUCAACUUUACUCUCCCACAGUCCGCCAGCGGAUGGCAGGACGUGGAGUAUAUACUGCAGGACGGGGCGUUGCAAGGGCGAGCUGCUGGGGUUUGGACUUCGCAGAACACAACAGGUGCACUUGAGACUCGACAGAGGGCGCUGAUAGUCGGUGGCUGCGGAGGGCUGACAGAUUCCAGGGCUCUAUUGAUGAGUUGGCAGUUUACUUCUGUAACCCUGGAACACCUUAAAGUUGGAACGCCGUGCACCUGGAAGGAUUUAAUCCUUGAACGCCUUUACACCUGGAAGGAUUUAAUCCCUUGAACGCCUUACAACUGGAAGGAUUUAAUCCUUGAACGCCUUACACCUGGAAUAAUUCCUAAACCUGGAAGGAUCUAAGACUUCACCAACCAAAGUGCUGAUGACCAGCUGAUGAGACCAAGAGCGUUGUGUAUCGUCAUGUCUUUCGUGUGAAUUAUGUCACAUUCUGACUUUUGUAUUAUUUUGUUAAUUAAACUCGUUAAGCAUA